AUCUAGGGAAGGAGGCGGAACUUAAACGAGCCCCACAGCUCAGCCAUACGGUAGACCAUGUACAAAUGCCGUUAAUAUCUCAAUCGACAAUUUUCUGUUAGGCUACUACGAGAGAUAAUUGAGUGCGCGCGUUUACCGAAGAGCGUAUACAGAGAAGAGACCUAGGAGUCAAGAAACAGAAGAGGAAAGUAUCGAGAUGAAGUAGACGUGUAAAAUGUCUCAUUAAUCGCGGAAUUCAUUCAAAACCAGCGUGGCAUUCGACUCAACUGAUACAGUAUCUGAGGGAGCAGACUGAGAGGACCACACCCAGUGAACAGACACCACACGAGCCAAACAGACUUCUGGGAUAACUGCUGACUAGAGUAUGGAGCCGGCACAAUCAGAGAUGAGCAUCUUGGGAUGCUCGACCAAUGGGAAAGGUCACAACCUAGGAGAUGACAAGUAUGUGCCUAUGAAGACCAUGCCAGAGGAAUUAGACACAAAUGGUACUCAAAAUGCCAGGUUUGAUGAUCCCGAUGGCAUCCUGGAGAGUGAGGAGUUUCUGCCCAACGGAGAUGGGACGAAGCCCAUGCGCUUCACAGACUUUGAGGGAAAGACGUCUUUCGGCAUGUCUGUGUUCAACCUGGGGAAUGCUAUCAUGGGCAGUGGAAUCCUGGGACUGGCUUAUGCCAUGGCCAACACUGGCAUACUCCUCUUCCUGUUUCUUCUGACUGUUGUGGCGGUCCUCUCCUGCUAUUCCAUUCACCUGCUGCUCAAAUCCUCUGGCAUUGUGGGAAUCCGAGCCUAUGAACAGCUUGGCUACAGGGCCUUUGGCACCCCAGGCAAGAUGGCCGCUGGCAUUGCCAUCACACUGCAGAACAUCGGAGCCAUGUCCAGCUACCUGUACAUCGUCAAGUCUGAGUUCCCAUUGGUCAUCCAGGCCUUCAGUAGGGCGGACCCCACCGCUGAUUUGUGGUACUUGAAUGGGAACUACUUGGUGGUCAUGGUCUCUAUUGGCGUUAUCCUACCAUUGGCCCUGAUGAAGCAGCUCGGCUACCUGGGCUACACCAGUGGUUUCUCCCUUAGCUGCAUGGUCUUCUUCCUCAGUGCGGUGAUCUAUAAGAAGUUUCAGAUCCCCUGUCCCUUCGAGGAGUUCUCGGCAGCCAAUCACACAGUGUCUCACCAAGACAUUCACCUAAACAUCACUGACAACCAUGCUACCCAUGAUAAUGGUCUGGUACAUGAGAUGGAUGACUCCCACUGUGGUGCCCGUAUGUUCACCAUGAACUCUCAGACCGCGUACACCAUCCCCAUCCUGGCCUUUGCCUUUGUGUGUCAUCCUGAGGUUCUGCCUAUCUACACUGAGCUCCGCAACCCUACUCAGAGGAGGAUGCAGCACGUCUCCAACCUCUCGAUCCUGGUGAUGUACACCAUGUACUUCCUGGCUGCUCUCUUCGGCUACCUGACCUUUUACGGUAAAACUGAGACAGAGCUGCUGCACACAUACAGCAGGAUCGACCCUUAUGACACGCUGAUCCUGUGCGUGCGAUUGGCUGUCCUCACCGCUGUCACACUGACCGUCCCCAUUGUGCUCUUCCCAGUGCGGAGGGCUCUGAAUCAGAUGUUCUUCGCCAGUAAGUCGUUUAACUGGCUUCGUCACGUGGCCAUUGCCGUCACUUUACUCUCCUUCAUCAACAUGUUGGUCAUCUUCGCCCCCAACAUCCUGGGAAUCUUCGGCGUUAUCGGUGCCACAUCUGCCCCCUGUCUGAUCUUCAUCUUCCCUGCUAUCUUCUACAUCCGCAUUGUGCCUAAGGAGCAGGAACCCAUGCACUCCAUCCCCAAGAUACUGGCCGCGUGUUUCGCUGGUCUGGGGGUCGCCUUCAUGAUCAUGAGUUUGAGCUUCAUCAUCAUUGAUUGGACAACGGGGAGCAGCAACUCUGGUGGUGGCCACUAGAGGCCGCCCUCUGCACUGUGCAGGCCGGGGUCGGCAAGGGGCUGGCAGGGGCUUUGAGGGGAUGCCUAGGAGUGUGUGUGUUUUUUUAGAACUGUUUCGUGUAAUUGAUGCACUAUCCCCUCUGUGGUAGAGCAAGGGUUAGAGGUUAAGGGACAAAGAUGAUUGGGGUAAGGAGGGGAAGACAGAAUCAACUUGCUGGCUAAAACCAUACUGAGCAUUUCAGUCUUCUUGAGACUAAAGACUCCGACAAAACAGUCUGUACUACAGUAACGCAGUAUGUAGCCCUGCACAGAGGAGUGCUUUUAUAUGAAUCAUCAGCACUAGACAUGGUCUUUUUUUAAAAUCAUGAUAAUGUGUAUUAUUUAUGAGUGGGAUAGUGCAUCCUAGUCCAUCCAUAAUGGAAAAUCCUGAAGAAACUCACGAUGGCUUCCCUUCCUUUCCCCCCUCCCUCCCUUCAUCCAUCCUCCCAUCCUUAUUUAUCUCUUUUCCAUCAGCCUGUUUCUUUCCCUCCGACGCCUUAAUUCAUGUCAACUGCAGCUAGUGCUGUGCAGAAGAAGCACCGAUAGGAGAUAUGGUUGAAUCGCUAUGUAAAGGAAGGAAAUGAAAGCACAUGAUCUAUACAUUACAUGUCAUUUGGCAUCUUUGUAUGAGAAAAUCGGACAUUUUGUCAAUAGAAGAAAUAGCGACAUCUAUAGAUUAGGUGAGUGCUGUAAAACAAAGAAUCUGUGGCUGUCUUUGUAUCCUGUCUAUCACUUUGUGCCAGUAGCACUCAACUUAACCAUCAAAGGGUAGUAGGCUUUUCCAAAUAUUCUAUUGGCACGAGCACACAAAGAUACAGUAUAUUUUCCCAUGUUUUCUCACAAGAGUGCAUUUAGCCUGAGCUGUUGUAUGUGCCAAAGCUAAGGUUGAAUGUGGUUUGUGGUUGUUGGGCUCAGUGCAGGCUGAUGUCCCAUGAUGCAUUAUGGUGUUUAACUCUUGCUGUAUCCCUGGUACAUACAGUACACUCAGAUAAUGGAGGCAUGGCGUUCAACCAACCACACACUUAGCCUUUUCGUUGAAACAGUAAUGUAUAUUUAUUUAACUAGCUAUAUACAUGUUUUUUUUUUUUUUCACAAGUGAGCUAAUGGACCUCAGAACAAAGUAUUUAACUAUAUGAUCAGGUAUCUUGAUAGACCUUAUAGAUGGUAUGCGCAGUCUAUAUUCAAUGAUUUUGCAUAUUGGAGGGUUUAGGUGACAGUUGAAUGUGUAGGAGGUGAGCUAUAGGGCACUGAGCUGAUUAAGAAAAUAACCAUAUAGAGCCUUUUACAUUCAUGUUAGUUAGAUGAUCAACUGACAUCCUAGAUACAGAAUUGACUGAUUUUAUGAUCAAUUGUGUUUUAAAUGAAGAUCAACAACUUAAACUUGCCUUUUUAACACUAAUAGCACAUAUUUCACUCAUACUUAUAUUUCUACAAUUAAUUUGGAAACCCUUGUUUAAAUUCAGUACAGUUCAGGUGAACCCUUUCAGUUACUACGAAUGGUUAAGCUUACUGUUUUUGGCAUGACAAAAUAUGGAGGAAACGUGUUUUAGUUAUGUGUUAGUUGUGACAUACAUGUCCAUGUUGUUGAACUACUCUAUAUUGUAUUUUAAUAUCUCUUUUCCACUUGUUUGUGAUUGAUCUUGUGGUUGACGUUUUAGUGAAGGAAAGCUGAUGUGUCACCUGUCCAGUCUGUCUGGUAAUUGGCUGAUUUUAAUUCAUUCAUUUACCGUAACUACUGUGAUAUUCAAUCCAUAAUACGUUGAUGUUUGGGCUCUAUUUCCAAAACAUAUCUGGUCUCUAACAGUGAGCUCUUGUGAUCAAGUACAGUUUGACAAUUAAGUGAAUUGUGAUUGUUAGAUUUAGUUUGAUUCGAUAGCGCAAUGCCCCUUCUUAAGGCUUCUCAAUUGUGUAGUGCAACAUUCAACACUGUGACAUCGUAUCUCUCAAAAAACAUAAAUAGCAUUGUAAUAACAUUGUUUCCAAUAUAUCCUGGCAAGUCCUACGUAAUGUAUGUAAGACAAUGGUUCCUUUCUUAUUUUAUUCUAAAACACUGCAGCCGGUGUUGCUUUCUCUUGUGUACAUUAAUUGAUUUUUAAUUUGUAAUCAAUAGAAUGUUAUUGAGCUGUUUCUUUUACUCAUCAACGGCUAAAAGGUUAUUGCAUGUAUCUGACUCAACCCUAUAUUUCUCCUGGUCUUGCUGAGGCAGUGAUUGUGGUAAAAAUAAAUGCCUGGUCAAGAUCAGUCAAGGAGGCAACAGCUUGCCAUAGACUGGGAUUAGGCCUCUUCUGUCUGGGAUUGUGUCUACAUAUCUAGCUACUACCUAACUGUUUCUCUCUGAGAGACCUUGCUCUUCAACUUUAGAGCUUUGCUACCCCUAUUAUAAUGUCAGAGGCAACAUUCUCAACAUUUUGCCUCUUUCUCUUAUACCCAAACUAUGCCAGCCAGUUAACCUGUUGUUGUAGCUCUUGUUUUACCUUUGCAAUUUAUUUCUAAGGAAAUUAAAGGACUGUGAGUGAAUAACAAGUUAUAAUAUGAAUUUUGGGCUUAUAAAGCGGCUUAUAUAAAUAAUGUAUAUAAAUGUAAACCCUUUAUAUUCUUGAUGCAUAUCUAGCUUGUAUAGUGUAAAUAGCUGGGACAGUUUUAGUCUGACAAUUAAAAAACAAUUGUAGAAGUUUUUA